AUGCCCUCGGCAUCACAGCCCCAGCUGGCUCCGUCAACUCGGCUGGAAGCGCCUGAGCAUCCCUUCUCAUUGAGCGACUUAGGAUAUCAUGCCUCUUUUGAUGCAUUGCAGAAAGAAUCAGGGGUGCACCUCGAGUCACCUGCGAUGCAGCCACUUCGAGAAGCCGUGCUACAAGGCAUGUGGGAUAAGGCUGAGCGGCAUUUUGUGGACUUGACAAAGCACACAUCUUUACAUAUGCCUGCUAGCGAUGCAGCGCUAGAAUGGCCUUGCCCCAAGGAGCAGAAUGUGCGCGAACGAGCCUUGGCUAGCGUGAGAUACCUGCUACACAAGCAGCAGUACUUGGAGCUUUUAGAGCACGAACAGAAAACGGAGGCAUUGCACGUCCUUCGCACAGUUCUAUCAAAGCUGUCGCUACCUCCUACGAUACUGCAGGAACUAAGUCGCUUGAUCUUGUGCCGCAACGCUCAGGAACUGUACGAGCAAGCCAAGUGGGAUGGCGCCCUCGGCCAAUCACGUCGCCAGCUACUAAGCACGAUAGAGAGUGUACUAGAUACGUCCUCGAUGGUACCAAAUCGCCGCUGGCACGUCCUUUACGAGCAAGCACUGGCCUUUCAACGCAUGCAAAGCCCUUACUUUGUGUGCGAUUCGCUCAACGACUCGCGUCGGUUGCUGGUGGAUUAUCAAGCCGACCCAGCCCAAUUUCCCUCUCAUUUGAGCUACGAACUGGACGGACAUACUGAUGAAGUGUGGACUAUACGGUUCUCACACACUGGUACCAAGCUAGCCAGCGGUGGACGGGAUGGCCUCGUCAACAUUUGGGACAUGAGCACGAAAUGCACACCGGUAUUGCAGCUUCAGCACAAAAAUGGUGUGCAAAGUAUUGACUGGUCGCAUGAUGACGCCAAGCUUAUCGUGGCCGCGGACGAAGACGUGGCGUUGUGGGAUAUAGCAACAAGACACGUCAAGCUGCUGACUGAACAUGAAUAUACGGUCUCUGCCGUACGAUGGCUCCCAGACCCAACCAGACGCUCACAUGGCGAUGAUGUUGUGUUUGUGACAGGCGCUAUGGAUCAGAAAGUGUUGUUCCGGAAAGCGGAUGGCACAGUAGCCUGGACAUGGUCGCUCUCGCCCUAUCGUGUAAUUGCCUUGGACGUAACAGCAGAUGGACGCUAUGUGACUAACGAGGUUGCUCUGAUGCAAAACCUUUCUCCUCAACUUCCUCUCCUGCAUUUGGACUGCGAGGCUGGAAAAGCUGAUUGGGAUGAACAGUCGCCUUCUUUGACGGACUCGCUUCUCUCUCUGGAUUUUGAGUCGGUCAACGAUAUGGGAACGACCAUGAUGAGCAGCGUCAUGUCUGAAUCGUCGCAGACUCUUGCUACGCCACCUGAUUUGGAGGCGAUGUCCCUUUUCUCCCCGACGGGUGAGGGCCAGUCGAUACUUUCUGACUCUGACAAGAUGGCCGGCCGAGGUGAACCUAUCGAGCCCAUACGCAAGCGUCAGCGUUGUGAGCCUGUCAUGUCGCCUACAAGCUUGAUGGCCACCGAUUUUACUCUUUUCCCGGGAGAAAACGAGCACUCUUCACCGAAAGCGAGCGUCGAUGGUGGCAAUGGUGAGAAAGUGCUACAUCUGCUGGACAAGCUCAAUGCCUCGCAGCAAAACGAAGUGCCAUUGACGUUGUCGCCUACGGACGUAACGCCCGCCCCAGGAACGUGCUUGCCACAGGCCAUCCAAAGCUCACGUAGCUCGCCGGCUGUGCACACCGCAUCGUCCGUGCCGAGCAAGUCAAGUGCUGAAACUUCUACCACGGUGAAGCAGAUGCGGGGUACAGGCCGCCGUCGCCGUCGUGAUGCUGAUGAAUUGUUGCCCAUCGACGCUCCCAUUCAACCGAGGGUGUACCAUACCGAAUCGGCGACGUCGCGUCGCGAUUCAAGGGGCUCGGAAAGCAGCUCCCCUGGCGAGUCGGGUGCUAGUACCCCACUUUCAGGCAGUCAGGAAAUGGACGCUCGUUCACUCAAGCGUUUGAGCAACACCUUGGCUGCUCGUCGUAGCCGUCACCGCAAGGCUGAGGAGCUGAAGCGUCUGUACGAGACGAUUGAGCGCCUUGAAAAGGAGGUGACCUUGUGGAAGCAGCGCUGCGAGUCAGUAGAGCAAGAGCGUAAUCGUGCUCUGCUACUGGCGCCUCGGCCAUAG